AAAAAGGCACCGUCAUACUUUUCCCUCCGAUCUUCUUCCAGUUUCCUACAAAGUUCAAACCAACUAUGUCUGUUCUAUUCUGAGGUUGGAGUUCUCUCUCGCAUACCGCUCAUGACUUCCAAACCUUAAAACCCAACCAAAAUAAAAGAAGGUUAAGAAUAGAGAACUCUCGAUCGGGACUUUCUCACAAUAUUUCAAGUCGUCUUCACUUCCACAGAAAAACUUCCAACCUUUCCUGCAAGCCUACACAAAAUUCUCGAGCUUUUAAUUCCUUCCCAUUUUUCUUCAAACAUGAUUCCUUCCUUCAGCCUCCUCUCCUCUCUCUUCUUUCUCUUCCUCUUCCUCUUUCCCUCUCCGACCAUUCCCUCACUCACCGAGCUUCCCACUCUCAUGGCCAUCAAGGCCUCUCUGGACCCUCAAAACGAGUUAUUGGCUUCAUGGAUCCCAAAUACUGACCCAUGCAGUGGAUCUUUCGAAGGCGUGGCCUGCGACAAGCAAGGCCGCGUGGCCAAUAUCUCUUUGCAAGGGAAGGGCCUCUCUGGUACAGUACCUGCAGCAUUGGCUGAGCUCAAAAGCUUGACAGGCUUGUACUUGCACUUCAAUGCUCUUACUGGGAAGAUACCAAAGGACAUUGCCCGGUUGACCCAGCUCAGUGAUUUGUAUCUCAAUGUCAAUAAUCUCUCCGGGGAGAUUCCUGCCGACAUUGGCAAAAUGUAUAAUCUUCAAGUUUUGCAGCUGUGCUGCAACCGGUUGACUGGGGGCAUACCAACACAAGUGGGAAAUAUGUGGAGGCUCAGUGUUCUUGCUUUGCAGUAUAAUCAUUUGACCGGUGCAAUUCCUGCAAGUUUGGGGAAUUUGCCGAUGUUAACGAGGUUGGAUUUAAGCUUCAACAGGCUUUUUGGCCCUAUUCCAGUAAAAUUAGUUAAUGCUCCCAUUCUAGAAGUUCUUGACAUACGAAAUAACUCUCUCUCGGGCAUCGUCCCUUCAGCUUUGAAGAGACUGCAUGGUGGAUUCCAGUACAAGAACAAUCCAGGAUUAUGUGGUGUUGGGUUUUCUAACUUAAGUAUUUGCAAAGCUACAGAUGGUUUAAACCCAAACAGACCAGAACCAAUUGAACCUGGCAAUCCAUCUACGAAAACUCUCCCUGAGACAGUGCCCUUAAAGUCUGAAUGCAGCAAAAAUCAGUGUCCACAGCCAUCAAAACCCCAUCAAGUUGGUGUAGUUUUGGUGGUCAUUGGAGUUAUAAUCAUUGCUUUGGCUGUCAGUGGAAUAUUCACAUUUGCCUGGUACCGUCAGCAAAAACAGAAAAUUGGAAGUGCCAUUGACACUUCAGAUAGCCGGCUUAGAACUGACCAGGUGAAGGAAAUUUAUAGGAAGAGUGCGUCACCUCUCAUUAGUCUUGAGUAUUCUAAUGGAUGGGAUCCAAUGGCUAAAGGUCGAAGUGGGUUCUCUAAGGAAGUUCUGGAAAGCUUUAUGUUCAAUUUAGAGGACGUGGAACGUGCAACACAAUGCUUCUCAAAGGUUAAUUUGUUGGGGAAGAGCAAUUUCUCCGCUAUGUAUAAGGGGAUACUUGGAGAUGGGUCUGUUGUUGCAAUAAAGUGCAUUGCCAAGACAAGCUGUAAGUCCGAUGAAGCUGAGUUCUUGAAGGGGUUGAAGAUAUUGACCUCAUUGGAACAUGAAAAUCUUGUUGGGUUGAGAGGCUUCUGCUGUUCCAAAGGCAGGGGGGAGUGUUUUCUUAUCUAUGAUUUCGUCCCAAAUGGAUGCCUGUCAGAGUAUCUUGAUGUAAAGGGUGGCAGUGGGAAGGUUCUUGAAUGGACCGCCAGAGUAUCUAUCAUUAAUGGCAUUGCCAAAGGUAUUGGAUAUUUGCAUGGAAACAAAGGAAACAGACCACCUAUAGUUCACCAGAAUAUAUCAGCUGAGAAAGUGCUCAUUGAUGGGUGGUAUAAUCCUUUGCUCUCAGACUCGGGCCUGCACAAACUCCUUGCAGAUGACAUUGUCUUCUCCACGCUGAAAGCCAGUGCGGCCAUGGGAUACCUGGCUCCAGAAUACACAACCACGGGCCGCUUCACUGAAAAGAGCAAUGUGUUUGCAUUCGGUAUGAUUAUAUUUCAAAUCAUUGCUGGAAAGCGUAUAAUCACCCAGUUGAUUCGCCAGGGGGUAGAAUCGUGCAGAUUUGAAGAUUUUGUUGACAUGAACCUUGAGGGCAAGUUCUUGGAAUCAGAAGCAGCGAAACUUGGGAGAAUAGCUCUACUUUGCACCCAUGAGAAUGCUAACCAACGGCCAUCCAUGGAAAGUGUGAUGCAAGAACUAAGUGUCCGUAUUGGUUCUUGAUUAUCUCUUUUGCUUUGUCGUUCGAAGACAAAAAAGGAGUAAGAUGAGGUUGUUACUAACAGCCUAUAGAUGCCCACGCUCUUAGGUACUAAUGUUUCCUUCUAACAUCUCAGUUAUUGCUCAAUGACUGCACUUCUGGUGAAUGACUGCGAGUUUGGUUUGUGUAAGAGCGGGCGGAGGAUAAUAUCAUAUGAAGUGAUAUUAGUGGGAGAAUUUAGCCUUUAAUUAUUUGUAUUAAACUCUAGCCAUGCAAAAUACAGAUUUCCUCUAUUAUCUUCU